AAAAGCUGAUCUGUGAGCUGCCACCAUGCAGAUCUCUUGGGCUGUGUGCGCUGUCUGGGUCUUGGCACAAAUCGCAUUUCGGUCUGUGGAAGGGUGGCAGGUGUUUAAAAAUGAUGCUACAGAAAUCAUUCCUGAAAUCACUGAGAACACAGAAACACCGAUGGAGCAGACUUUCAGCAACAACAACAACACAAUGAAUCAGGCAAAACAUGGAGGAAGACACAUACAGCAAGCUCCAGACCCUAACGAUGCUUCUGACUUCAGCUGCAGGGAGAUGAGAACCACCCGCUAUGUGACGGAGGGGUCCUGCCGCAGUGUCAAGCCCGUCAAGGAGCUCGUCUGCUCCGGCCAGUGCGUCCCCUCUCACCUCCUCCCCAACUCCAUCGGCAGGGGGAAGUGGUGGCGGCAGAACGCCCUGGAUUAUCGCUGCAUCCCCGCCCACACCCGCACCCACCGCAUCCAGAUGUCCUGCCCCGAGGAAGAGACUCGGACUUACAAAUUCCGAGCCGUCACCUCCUGCAAGUGCAAGCGCUACACCCGCUACCACAACCAGUCGGAGCUGAAGGACUUCGGGAAGGACAAUGCCAGGCCUCAGAAGAACAAGAAGCCCCAUCUGUCCAGAGCCAGGAGCAGCAAAUCUAACCAGCACGAGUUAGAAAAUGCUUAUUAGGAGGUGGCUCUGGGUGACACAGACUAGCAGCUCUGGAUACUUUGCAAAAUCCGUCCAAAGGCACUCAGAGGCCACAGCAUGACGUUCUGACUGCAGCAGGUUCCAAUUCCUUCUGCUAAGCUGGGUCAAAUGCUCACAUAGGCAAAAAAAAAAAUCUUUCAGAUUAUAGCACUUAUGGUCUGAUAAGAAAAUGAGGCAAACCAAGCUGGAGGUAGCAACCUCUAAAUUCAGUGUGAAAGGAGAGGUGCAGGUUGGAGAUUCACGAGAGGUUGUGUGGCUUGUCCGAGCAGGCAGGCAGAGGAAAGGGAAGCAGCUGUGGUGACAAUCAGGCUUUGCUAGAAAUCAUUCCACUCACUUCAAGUGAAAAGAGCAUUGAGAUCCCUUUCCCACACAAGUGCCGUGAUGCAGGACAAGCAUCCAAUUAGGGAAGCAUCAGGAGAGUUCACACUCUCUGAAUAAGCUGUAGAAAGUUAGGUAUAGCAGGAAUUUCAGUAGUUAUGGUGACUGAAGUCAAAUUGUUGGGAAAUGAACAUUCUGUCA